AAUGUCAAAACUUUCAGAUAUCAAGUGACUUCCACAGCAAACAAGUUCGUACACGCGUGUUUUCCACCGUAAAAUUUUGGCCAAAUUAUUUGAAAAUGCUUCGUCGCCAAGCACGACUUCGCCGGGAAUACAUUUAUCGAAAAGCAGUCGAAAGCAAGCAUAAAUUAUUGCAAGAAAAAAAAGCAAAAAUAAAAAAGGCUCUCGAAGAUCACACACCAAUCCAUGGAGAUUUGAAGAAGGAUGCUUUAACGCUGCAGGAUAAACUAAAAUGGAACGACGAAGGACCGAAACGAGCUGCUGAAAUUGGAGGAAUCAGUGGUGGAGCAAACACAGCUGAUUCCCAAGACGAUGAGUACCGUUAUGCGGGUUGUGAAGACCCGAAAAUCAUGAUCACCACGUCUCGUGAUCCUUCUGCUAAAUUGAAACAAUUUGUUAAAGAGCUGAGGUUGAUAUUUCCUAAUGCACAACGCAUGAAUCGUGGACACUUUGAAAUGAAACAACUAAUUCAUGCGUGUCGAGCCAACAACGUAACGGAUUUCAUCGUAGUUCACGAGCAUCGGGGUGUACCAGAUAAUUUAAUUAUAUGCCAUCUCCCUUAUGGGCCAACCGCAUCGUUUAAUCUCUCUGACGUGGUUAUGCGACAUGAUAUUCCGGAUAUUGGCCCUAUGAGCGAACAGAAGCCACAUCUAAUAUUCCACAAUUUCAAAACCAAGUUAGCAGAGAGGACAAUGUCGAUUCUAAAGUAUCUGUUUCCAGUUCCGAAGGAAGAUUCCAAACGAAUUAUGACCUUUGCUAAUCACGACGAUUUCAUCAGCUUUAGGCAUCAUACGUUCAAAACAGUUGAGCGCGAGUUAGAACUGACGGAAGUUGGUCCUAGAUUUCAGCUGAAACUCUACCAAAUCAAGCUAGGUACCAUAGAUGAACUGGAUGCAGCAGACACAGAAUGGGUCUAUCGACCGUAUAUGAACACUGCUGCUAAACGAAGGUUCCUUUCCGAUGACGACGGUUGGCAGCAAGAUGAUGAUGUUUAAUAAAAAUUAGUUAACUAUCACUCA